AUGCGCAACCGCCUUUUGCAUGUUGCUAACAGCAUUCAACAGUGGACGAAACCGCUCAAAUUGACCUCUACGGUCCUCAGCCUUGGACACGACGCUUCGAAAGAAGAUAUCCGAAAGGCUUACCGCAAAGCAGCGCUAUCAAGCCAUCCGGACAAGGUCCCUGAAGCGGAGAGGGAGACGGCUGAGAUCAAAUUCAAAGCAGUACAGCAAGCCUACGAUAUCCUGUACGAUGAGGACAAGCGUCACUUGUACGACACACAUGGCAUGUCCGCCUUUGAUGGCUCAGGGAAUGCAGGUAUGGGAGGUGGACCUGACUUGGAUGAUAUCCUAGCCCAGAUGUUUGGCGGCAUGGGAGGCAUGGGGGGAAUGGGCGAUAUGCCUGGGUUUGGCCCCGGAGGACGCCCCAACAAACCUAGGAAGAGCCCCAAUGAAGAGACAAAAUACGAAGUCACCCUGGAAGAUCUUUACAAGGGAAAGACUGUCAAGUUUGCCAGUACCAAGAACGUGAUCUGCGGGCUGUGCAACGGCAGAGGAGGCAAAGAGAAAGCCACAGCAAAGGAAUGCUCUUCUUGUGAAGGACGAGGACAAAAAACCGUUCUUACUCGUCUUGGGCCAAUGCUAACCCAAUCUACCGUCCCGUGCACUGUAUGCGAGGGCCAGGGUAAAUUCUUCAGCCCUAAAGACAAGUGCAAGAAAUGCAAGGGGAAAAAGGUGACCGAGGAAAGGAAAAUGUUGGAGAUAUAUAUUCCCCGAGGAGCCAAGGAGGGAGACAGAGUCACAUUAGAGGGCGAAGCCGAUCAAGUACCUGACCAGGAACCGGGUGACAUAAUUUUCCACCUUGAAGAGGUCGAACACCCUGUAUUCCGUCGGGCUGGGCCCGACCUGACUGCAGACCUUCAAGUCACACUUGCCGAAGCCUUGGCCGGUUUCUCCCGGGUUGUCGUCAAACACUUGGACGGACGAGGCAUUGAAAUCACGCACCCAAGAACGCCAGGCGAAGUCCUAUCUCCCGGUCAGGUCCUGAAGAUCCCAGGAGAGGGGAUGCCACACAAGAGAAGCGACGCUCAAGGUGACCUAUACCUGGUCGUCGAUAUCAAGUUCCCCGACGAGACAUGGGCGCCCAGUCCAGCCGUGUUGGAGAAGUUGAAGGAAAUUCUCCCCAAACCAGAGCCUCCGAUCGAAGCCGAGACUGUGGAUGAGGUAGACUACGAAUCCAAUGCCGAUAUUGAAGAGUUUGGCCAGGGCGACCCUCGUGGCGGCGGUGGAUGGGAUGAAGAGGACGGAGAGGGCGAGACCGCGCAGUGCGCUACGCAAUAA